GGGCGAAGGGUUUGUCGACAGUAGUCUUGUUUUUUUUCUUUUUCUUUCUUUUUCCGCCUAGCCUGCUGGGUGUCUCAAUACUGAGUUCGCGUUGUCCCCAGGAUGCCUCAAGCAUGACAAUAAACUGGUUUUGCGGAAUGGUCGCGAAAGCGAUGCAAUACCAAACUUUGGACGAGUCCCACCUGGAGGAGGAACCCGGCGCGUGGGGAGACGGUGUGGAGGGAGCGGGGCCGUCACCGCGAUGAGCGCCUUGGCUUUAGUCGACGAAAAAGUCGAGGAGUAGCGGGCGGCGGGGGGAAAUCAGAAAGCGUCAUGGCACAUCGUUCUCAAUGUUCCUCUGCUGGGGAUAAUCCCCUGGACCCCAACUACCUACCACCUCAUUAUCGAGAGGAGUACCGGUUAGCUAUUGACGCUCUUGUCGAGGACAACUUGGAAGGCUACUAUCAGUUUCUCCAGAGAGCGGACGUUGUGAACUUUCUUUCCGCACAGGAGAUUGAGUAUAUUCGGUGCAAUACACAGGCUCCUCGUGAGAGCAGCCACCCUGAGCAGCAUUAUCUACUGUCUGGGGGAGAUGGCUCUUCAGACACUUACUGGCCCAUCCACUCGGACCUGGAUGCCCCAGGCCUGGACCUCGGCUGGCCCCAGCAGCAUCGCUUCAUUGGACCUACAGAAGUCACCACUCUGGUCAAUCCUGCUGAGCCUGACAUGCCAAGUAUCAAGGAACAGGCUCGAAGACUCAUUAAGAACGCUCAGCAAGUGGUUGCUGUAGUGAUGGACAUAUUUACUGAUGUGGACAUAUUUGCGGAUAUUCUUGAUGCGGCCUUGCGAAAUGUUGCUGUUUACAUCCUUCUAGAUGAACAGAAUGUACAUCAUUUCAUCCAUAUGGUUUCCAACUGCCAGGUUAAUUUAAAGAGUAUUCAGUUUUUGCGUGUGAGAACAGUGUCUGGGAUCACCUACCACUGCCGCUCAGGGAAGUCAUUUAAGGGUCAGAUGAUGGAUCGCUUUUUGCUGACAGAUUGUAGGGCUGUGCUGAGUGGAAACUACAGCUUCAUGUGGUCUUUUGAGAAAAUACACCGUUGUUUAGCACACCUUUUUCUUGGACAGCUUGUGUCAACUUUUGAUGAAGAGUUUCGGAUUCUGUUUGCCCAGUCCCAACCCUUGAUGAUUGAAACUGAGGAUUUCAGCCGUUUACAUGAGAGGCAAUAUGGUACUGACAAAACACCACUUUACAGAGAACCCAGGAAAUUUCUGUCAAUAGACAACCCUCAUCCAGAGGAAUGGGCUAGACACUCGUUUGAUGGUCGUACUGAUAUGGAUUGGAAAAAGCUUCCUCUAAGCAGGCAUGAAUCCAUCCCCAGGUCAUUAGACCAGGGCUCUUUGGAUAAGUACAACAAAUAUCACUCCCAGCAAUUCAGAAUGGAUCGGUCCUCUGAGCAUGGCCCCGCCAAGAUGCCCUUAAAUAUAAGGGAAAAUCUAGCUUUCAAACGGCACAGUUAUGCUGAAGGCUCUCAAAGCAGACACCCCCCAUAUCAAUUCAGGCAGCAACAAGGAAUUCCAAACUUUGAGACCCAGGCAGGGCAGUUUCAAAUGACACAGCAUUUGUUACCAAGAACAGGACCAGAAGCAGGUUAUAGUGGCUAUGAUAAGUUCUCUGGUCAUGGCUAUCAUCCUGCAGAUCAGUAUUCUGAGCCUGGUUUACCACAAGACAUGGAUGCCUCUGAUAGCUUUAACCCUGUCCUUAACUAUUUGUUGUCAACCAGCAAUAUGGAUUUUGACCAGGGCUCAGAGGAACUUGCACCUCCAGAGGAAGUAUCAUUUGGAUCCUCUCAUCUCAGAAGAAUGAGUAAAGGUUCACCAUAUGCCUGUCCGACUUCCACCACAUCUCCAAGUCCAUCAGAGCAGAAGCAGUUCUUUCAGGAGCCUAACAUGGAACGUAAAGAUCCUAAAGCAAAACAAGGGCUAAGAAAUUGGAGAAUUAGCUCAUACCUCAGUGCAUUUGAUAAUGCAGGAGAUGAAGGCCUGCCAGUACCACCAACUCAGGCAAUAGACCAUUUUGAAGUGCCACUUAAUCCCUUACAGCGGACAUCCUCGGGCCCAGAUUUAUCAAUUCCUAAGAUUCCAAAUGUUUGGGAAUUUAAGGUUCCAGUAGUGCCCAGGGCCAAUCCAUUGCCAGGUCACACCAAGCCCACUGUCCCUGAGUUGUGUAAAAAAAUACCAGAUGACCUUGUUAACAUGGCUGUAGAAACCAAAACAACUCCAACACCAUCAGAAUCAUCUUCAGUAAUUGAAGGGGACAAAGCAGAGGAGGUGGAGCCAAAAGACCCAAAGGAGAUUGCUUUUCUAAGGGAAGAGUCUUUCCGUAGGACAUACAAUGCAAAGAUGCAAAGGAGCUCCAAGUUGAGAUCCUCUUUAAUAUUCAGCUCUCAGCUAGAGCAACAAGCUUCUCAAGAUUUAAAAUCUGCCCCAGGCCACUGUGAUGACGAAACUGACAAAAAUGAAGAGGAUCAAUCAAAACUAUCCUUUCUCGCUCAGGCUUUGAGCCAAAGGAGGUCUUUUGCAAGAGAACCUUUCGAAUGGAGCCGAUACAAAAAGUCAACCACAUUUGAUAGCUCUGCCCUAGGCAAUUCUGGAUCAAAGGAUGCACAUAAUGAAGGAGAAGUUGAGGAUUCAGUAACAGAGACCUUGUCAAAGGAUCUUCCGGGCAAUGACAAUUCUAAAGGACCACAUAAGCCUGCAGAAGAGCCAGCAAAGAUUUCCCCAUUAUUGCCUCAACCCAAGACUUCACAAAAUGAACUGCUAAAAACCAGUCCACCCCUACACCCAUCCAAAUCAUUGCUGAGUAAUCUAUCUCAAGUAGAUAUGAAUGAUCCUGACAACAGGCUCAUGUUUUUUAAAGAAUUAGCAGCUGAACGUAAAGCCGCUAAGAUUGCAGCUGAAAAAAGCACAGAGGAAGCUUCCAUAAAGACUCUAUCUGAUUUAAAGAAUGUCACUGUGAAAAAUGCAGUUGAAGAGCCAUCACAGCCACAUGCAGAUGUUUCAGUCAAAGACCUAACCACUAUCACAGACAAAAACGGCACUGCAUCAGGUGUAGAGAAUCAAAUAUCCACCGAAACAUGCAAGUCAGUCAGUCUACACUAUGAUGCCGAUGAGGAGAUAAACAAACAGGAAAAUCAACCGGAAAAUGGAUCAAACACCUCACCAACCAACUGUGACAAGGUGCAAUCAAGUGCCUUUGCAGAGGAUUCAGAGAAAAUGGAUAUAAGGAGCAGCCAAGUUGGCAUAUCUAUACCUUUUUCUGCAGGAUCAGCUCCAGCUCACAGCCAAUCACCAGUAGAACCAAAGCCUUCAAAUGAUGUAAACGAGUGCAGCCACUCUUGUCCCCCAACAAAAGUAGAUGCUAAUACAUUUACUCAUUCUUCACCGACAGACUCAGUUACCCAAAGUACCGAUGUAAAUGAAACCGCAGCCAUUGAUGCUACCUUGAAGGUUCCUUGUUCACUCAAAUCUACUUUAGUGGAGCUACAAACAUCUCCUAUAUCUCUCAAAUCAGAAUCUAACAUCCAACCUUUUGGCCCACUUCAUUUAGAAUCCACCACCUCUGCUCCUUGUGCGUCAUCUGAAACUAUAAUAGCUCUUCAUCCCAUUGGAUUACAAUCCAGUUUUUCUGUCCCUAUUCCAUCAGCGCCAAGCUUUUCAGAAAAUGUUAUGUCAGAGUCUAUCUCGCAGAAUACUGCAUUUGACUCUAGCCAUUCCCCCUCCUCAACCACAUUGACGUCUAGCUCUGCUCCUUGUACAACAGCAGAGUCCAUCUCCUCUAAAAAUAACCCCUCAGAUGCCACAUCUACCCUUACCUCCGCUAUAUUGUCUCCUAAGUCUAAUAAAAUAGAAUCAAAGGAAUUUCUCAUUCCUUCUCCAUUAGAAUCUCAACUCACUAACCUAACCCCAGAUUCUUUAUCAGACUGCAUUACACAAACUGUUCUAUCAUCUGAGUCUACCCAUAUGAAAACUGAGUCUGUCAACCAGUGUGCCCAUUCUGAGACCGCUUCAACACUUGACUCUGUAAAGGCAGAGUUUAAUGUUUCCGCUGAUGCUUGUUUAGAUGAUUCAAAACAUAGCACAGUUUCAGUCCAGUCCACCACAAAGAAAUACUGUGAGGAAUCUUGCACUUCUAAACCUGAUUCGGAAACAGAACUUCCUAAAUCAGAACCCAACUUUGUUCCCCGGCUCAUUUUGGGAGUGUCCCCCAACCUUAACCAUCCAUCCGCAAACUGUGUGAUUACUGAGUCAUGUUUACCCUCCAUAUGUGGUCCAGAAAGUUUGAGUUCAAUAGCCGGUCCUGAAACAAAAAAGCCUACUCCCUCUCUUAAUCUCAUACCAGCAGAGCCUCCGACUGAGUGUGCACCAGCAGAAAGGACAUUGGGUCUUGAUCUAAUUGGUCACUCUGAAUUUUCUUCCAAGGAUGCACCUCUAGAUACAUCUCUCAAACUUGAAUUAAUUCAAGGAACAUCUCUGUCAGAACCUAGUGUGACAGAAUCCAAUGAUCCCAUUCCUGCUGCACAGGUGUUAUGUUCUUCCCCUUUGCCUGGCACAGGCAAAGCAAUUGUGUCUCCUAAACAUGAAAAAACAGAAUCCAUGAAGUCCCCUGUACUCAGCCCAUCAGAAACCAGCUCCCCUCUCAAACUCAGCCCAACAGACUUGAACAAAUCUACCAUACCCAUAACUAUAAAGUCAUCAUCUGAUCGUAGCCUACCUGAGCCUACCUCAAAAGAAACUUCAGUUUUAGAAGGACCAAGUAUGGCCUGCGAAACACCCACAGAGUCUAAAACUAUAACCUCUGAAUACCAACCUUCCGAGCUAUCUUUACCUAUUGGAAAUAUCAAUUUGGACAAUCCAUGUGAGGUUGGCAGAGAGCCUGAAAAGCUGGACUCUGUUGAUCAGAAAGAAAUUGUGGACACGAAACCUGCAAACACAAUGAACAAAAUCGCUUCACAGAACUCAGUCUGCCUUCGGAAAGCAAGUGAUGAAGCACAGGAAAACAAUGGCUCUGAAACGGCAGAGACCGCUGGAGACGGGGCAGUUCCUCUGUUACCUGAGUCAAAGCAGGCAAAAACAAGCUCGUCCCGCUACCACUCAUCAACAGCCAGUGUGAUCUCAAGCAGCAACCUAAGAGAUGAUACAAAGCUGCUUCUAGAACAAAUAUCUGCUAAUAGCCAGAGCAGGGCUGAACCCACCAAAGAGUCUGCUGUCACUGAUGAUGAUAAAGAAGAUGAGGCUGACAAGAAGGCGAAUAGGGCAAAAGCAGUCACCAGGUCACUAAGCAAAGGAGGGCAUAAAACCCCAGAGGACCGGGAUAAACUGCUUGAGAAAAUCCAAAACAUGCGAAAGGAGAGGAAAGUCUACAGCAGAUUUGAGAUGCCACCUUAACAGAGGACCAAAAGAAGUUGAGAGGAUGCAGAGAAUAGAGGGUGAAUUUAAGAAUAACCAAAAUCCAGUGAAAGGUGUGUGAAGAAAAAGACAGCGUCUCAACAAGGAUAUAUCGUAAAACAAUAUGUUAGCAAUAUCCUCUUGGACUUUUGGCAAACAUGGAACAUUAUUCUCAGAGGAGACCAGAUACGUGGAGGAAACUUUAGUCUGUGGCUCUCAGCGUCUUCAAGCAGAAGAAUUACUGUGGAGUAUUUUUUUGUCGCAGACACUGAAGAUAUUAAUAACAUUUGCCAGGAAGAAUUCUGAGAUUUCUUCCUUUGGCUUAUGGGGCCCACUGUGGAUGUAUCACUGAACUGCUCAUGUGUGAGAGGGGAAACUAGGGCCAGAGACUGGCGUGUGAUUAAAAGUCAUCACUGACUGUAUGGGGGAAGUGCAAUUUACUUUGUGUUGGUUCCUUUAAUGUAGCCUGUCAUGAGGGUUUGUAUAAUACUGACAACCAUCAUGCAAGCCUUUUUACAUGUUUUAUGUCAAAAAUGUGAUUUUAAAACUCAAAUAUCCUAAAGUUAGUUUUUUUUAAAUGUUUCUAAAGAAAUUAUUGUAGUUUUUCAGAAUUUUGGCAAUUUUGGGCUAAAUGAAAGAUUUUGAUAAUCGUGCUCAUUUGUGAAACAAAUGAAUAUAUAAUUAUAUGACCACACAGAAGUGCCAAUGUUCUUCAAAAGUAAAUAAAUUCCAUAAUUAAAGUUUUUACAACUGUAUUAAUUGUAUUGGAAGAAAAAAUCAAAUUCUAUGCUUAAAAUGAAAUUGUUAAUCUGUUAUUCAUAGUUGAUAUCACUAUGUAUCCUGGCAACAAAAAAAAAUCAGUAUUAAUGUGCCUCUUUGCUGUAGAAUAUAUUUCAUUGGGAGUGACGUGCAUGCAAGGCAUUCCAGCUCCAUUUCACAAGAUGUCCCCACGUGCCUUGAUUCUCUCUGCCUGUUUGCCUAAACAUGUAUUUUGAAUGACAACUUUACAUGGACUAAAAUGGGGGGAAAGUAGAAUUCUGACUUUGAAACUCCAAAUGUUUCACAAAAUUUGUCUGAAAGAUUUUGUUCAAUACUCAGUCACGUAUUGGGUAUAUGCAUUCUGCAAAGAUUUUAUUUUCCAGUGAUAGGUUUUGGCUGUCUCCAAGAAACACAAUCUGUUUGUUAUUAAAGCAUUUAAAAUAUAAUGAAAUUUAUUGUCUCAUAUCACAUGUUUAAGACCAAAAAAUUGUCAGUAGCAUUUCUGAUCCCUACUGCCCUCACAAGUUUCGACAAAGUUGUAAAUUGAUGCUAUGUAUCUAAUGCCUUGCUUAAGAGAAGAGAACAAAACCUCAUUAAUGAGAAUUCAUAGGAUCUAAAUGUCAUAUUUAAGGGAAAAUCUUCUAAAUUUGUUUUUCAUUACCAACAGAAGCCUGUUGACGGAACUUGUAUCUUCAAAGGGGCUAAAUGAGGGCUUUGGCCUGGCCACCGAAGUAAACCCUUUUAAAUUCCUAUACAUGCAUUCAUCUAUGGGGUUUUUCAUUAUUUAUGAGCUAUACAAGUCCAGGAAAUGCAAAUAUGUGACCUUGAUUUUUACCUGCAUUGCCUUGAUAUAUGGAUGAAAAUUUAUUGGACUGUGUUGUUCCCAUACCUAUGUGAACAUCCACAUUUUGUUUUCCAUAUUCAUGUUUAACUUCAUUAAAAGGGAUUACCCGUACAAGUUUUAUCCGUCUGUCUCGGACCAGACAUAUCAGCCAUUCCACUUGCUUGAGCUUGACAACUUGUUACUCAUGCUUUAUAAAACAUCAAGAGACCCUUUUCAAAGCAAAAAAACAAA